AUGGCAAGGGUCCCGGGACCUGGGGAUGAAUGGGCAGGAGGCCAGAGCGAAAAUCGGUGCAACCCCUGGGUAGGUCGGGAAGUGAAGCAAUCAGAGGUCGGUAGCCUCUACCUUGGCCUUAAAGGCCAGGGGAUACCUAAAGACCUCAAGAUGAGCAGCAAGAUAUCAUAUGCUCAGGUUGUUUCAACUUCCUCUUCAAGGGGAGAUAGCAUUGGAACAAAUGGAAGUGCUGAUGAUGAGAACUUUCCUGUUCUGGGUGAGGAAUCCCACCAGAAUCAACCACCCUCAGAGACAAUGAGUGAGGAGAACAUCAAAUCUGACACUGAUGAUGAGGGCUGGCAGAAAGUGGACUCAAAAACCAAGGUGAAGCUGCGCCCAGAUCGAGGUUGGAGGGAGCGCCACCACCGACACCCUUAUGUGAACAGAGACUUCAGAAGUGAAAAGCCUCGAGAUGAUAUUCACUCCUCCCCCAAGCCGAUCAAAGAUCCCAUUGUGCCAGUGAUGAAUGGACACGCAAAUGGAACUAAUGGAUCUGAUUCAGAGAUGGCCCAGGGGGGGCAGAAUAGUGAUAGAUCCUCAGAAACCUCAUCAGACAAGCCUCUGUUUGUGGAAGCUCCUCUGCCUGCUGUCAAUCCAUGGACCAAAAAGCUUCCAUCCAAGGAGAGCACACCUUCCAAUGGAGUGGGAAGUGAAUCUGUGGGAGCAAGCCAAACCAGUGAGGUGGCUAGUGAUAAGGAGCCGGAGCAAGCCCAGGCUCGGAAGAUAAGUGGCGAAAAGAGUGAGGUGGGGAGUGAAGAAGACUGGCCUUCACUUGGAGAUACACAUUCAAACCAUGGUUCAAGAAGGGGGUCUGCUCCAUCCACACCAAAACCAGAGAAGGAUGUGGUUCUACAGAGCCCUCUGCCAGAUAAAGAGUCAACCAAGGAGGACAUUAACUCCUUCAGCAGCCCCUUGGAUGAUAGCAAAAGCAAAAAGAAAGUUUUGAAGCAGAGAUGGGUCCCUCUGGAGAUAGAUGCUCCUCGCAGUCCAAGAAGUCCUCGUGGGAAGGGAAUGUCCCCCCGAUUCAGAGGGUCCAAGUCUGGUUUCAGGAAUGAAGAGAACACCAAGGCUCAAUCAGUGGAUGGAGACCACGUUGGAAAGCGUGGUGGACGUGGAGGAACACCACGUGGACGUGGUCGGGGAUCCCGGUACCGUGGGCGUGGACGUGGAGGUCGACACAAUAGUUCCAGCUGGGAAUCUCUCUCAAAUCCUGGCGAGGAUGAAUAUAAUGAUCUUCCUUAUGUUGACACAUCUCCCAGUGCACAAUUCAUUGAUGGCCAGGCUUAUGUCACACCCUAUAUUGGGUUUGGGUCAUACGUCUAUGAUUCCUCCUAUGUUCAAGUAGAUGAAACCACGCUCAAGGAAUACAUACGCACCCAGAUUGAGUAUUACUUCAGUGAGGAAAACCUUCAGAGAGACUUCUUCCUGAGGCGCAAGAUGGAUUCAGAGGGUUACCUCCCAAUUUCCUUGAUUGCUUCCUUUCAUCGAGUCCAGGCCUUGACCCAAGACUUCAGUCUCAUCAUUGAGUCCCUUCAUAAUUCAGAGAAGGUUGAGUUGAAGGAUGGAGUCAAGGUGCGCACAAAAGUGGAACCACUUAGCUGGCCAAUUUAUGAUGGGAUCAUCCUUCCUGAUCCUGGGGAGACAGCAUUCUCCCCAGUACAGCCAAACAAUGAGAGCACUCACUUGGAUCCCAAUGUUCCUGAAUUCAUCCCUGGAGUGGGAGGUGUGGUACUGUCUGAUUCUGAGGAGUCUUCAGGCAAGGAAAUCCCUGAGACACCCAUAAUUUCCAACCUCCCAGUUACAGUUGGAGACCUCAUGAAGACUGCUGAAGCAAGACAGGAGCAGGAGAAACCCUCUCUUCAAGAAAAAGUUUUGAUCACCUCCAAGUCGAAGGUUGCUACAGCCAUCUCCACCAGUCCUGCCAAGCCAUUAAGAGCUUCUGAGGAGGAAUCUUGGAAAGAAGUGAAGCGGAAAUCAAAAGAAUUGCGGAAGGAAAAGCGGAGGCAGAAAUCGGAGAGCGGCCACUUCUCGCAUGCCCUGGGAGAGGGAGACUCAAGUCGAGAUUCCAGUGCCCCUCCAGUUGGCCAACAACGUGAGGAGCUGGACUUCCUCUUUGAUGAGGAACUCCAGAAUAUGCCUCAGGGGAGGCAGAACACUUUCACUGACUGGUCGGAUGAUGAUUCGGACUAUGAGUUUUCGGAUCAGGACAUCAAUAAGCUGUUGAUUGUGACUCAGACUCCUCCCUCGAGUCGUCCUCCAAAGCACGAGGGCUUUGAUCGCACUGGUGACUGGACAACUCGUGUGAAAAUGACCCAAGAGUUGGGCAAGGCCAUCAAUGAUGGCCUUUAUUACUAUGAACAGGAUCUCUGGAGUGAACAUGAAUGGCUGGACCUGCAUGACCGGUCAGCUUCAUUCAACACUGUGAAUGUGAUAUCUCAAGAGGACUUCAGGAAAUUGAUCCCACCCUCCCCAAAGAUCCAAAAUCAAGUGCCUCCACCUCCUCCCCCAUCUUCGGACAUCCUUUCCAGAUCCCUCCCCACCCAGGUGCCUGUGACACCUCGGACGCCAAAGACACCCAGGAAGGAUCCUCAGAAGGCACCCCGUUUCUAUCCAGUUGUGAAAGAGACUAAACCACCUGCCGAUCCAACAACGCCCCGCAAACGAAAGACUCGCCACAGUGCAAAUCCUCCUGUGGAGCAUCAUGUCGGUUGGGUCAUGGAUGCCCGGGAUCACCGACCCAGAACGUCUUCUUUCAGGUUGGUUGUUGUCAUGGGUGAAGAUAAUUAUGAAGAUGGCACAGUUUUUAAAUAUUAUUAUUGGUUCAGUGGUUCUAGUCCACCUGGUUCGUUGGCGGAAGGAGGGAGUGUGAGCUAUGGAAGCACCCCUCAAUCAUUGCCUGCAUUCCAGCACCCUUCUCAUGCCUUGCUCAAAGAAAAUGGUUUCACUCAGCAGGUCUACCACAAGUAUCGCUCAAGGUGCCUUAAAGGUAUGGUCAAACAAUUGCAGUAUUCUUUCAUUGUUUGUCUCCUUGGUUUUCAACUUUUUUCAUUUGCAUCUUUCUUCUCAUUUGCAGAGCGGAAGCACUUGGGGAUCGGACAGUCACAGGAGAUGAACACCUUGUUCCGCUUUUGGUCCUUCUUUCUUCGGGAACACUUCAAUAAGCGGAUGUAUGAUGAAUUUCGACGUCUUGCCCUUGAAGAUGCUGCUGUUGGCUACCGAUAUGGCUUGGAAUGCCUGUUCAGAUUCUACAGCUAUGGACUGGAGAAGCAUUUCCGUAAUGAGCUCUUCUCGGACUUCCAAGAAGAAACUAUCAAGGAUUAUGAAAAUGGUCUUACAUUUUUCUAUCUUUGCCUCUUUUUUUUUCAUUGUGAGGAAUAUCACACUCUUUCUGUUGUUUCUUUCACUCUAGGCCAGCUGUAUGGAUUGGAAAAAUUCUGGGCCUUCCGCAAAUAUUACAAGAAUGCAGAGCGACUUGAGGUAGAUGGUAAGCUGCAGAGUGCCUUACAGAAGUACAAGACUGUGGAAGAUUUCCGUGUUCUCCCAGCGGAGGGUGAUGAGAUUACAGGUGCAGCUGCAUUCAUGACAAGCAGAGACCGAUCCCAGCGACUCGACAGCAGGAGGAAACAACAGCCGAGUGAGAAGAGGAGCCGGCAGUCAUCCCAAUCUGAAAAAGACAGGAAGGGAGGGAAGCAGGCAGCGCAGCAACGUGUCGACCAGGCUGCAUCCAGUGGAGAGAGGACUUGUCACGCGUGAUUCACCUUUCAUUUGAGUCGACCUAGUCACACGUGCAUCAGACGAUACGGUCUCUCGUGUAAUCUCACCCGAUCCAAGAUAAAAUGUGAAGAAAAAAUGAGAAAGGGAGUGCCCAAGUGCCAUAAAAUGCAUAUCUGCCUUGCCCAAGCUUGCAUGCUGUGUCGUUUGAACUCUUUGGCUUCAUCCAUACGGGCAGGUGCUCUUCUCUUCCUCAUCUGGGAAGCAAUGAUACGUCCUCUGAUCUGUGGAACGAGAAAGUGAGAAGGUUGAUGAGAUCCUACGCUAGACUAUUCCAUUAUUUGAGCUUUUUCCGUCAUUUUGAUCUGUGAUCCGAUGCGACCUGCCUCCAUGACAUGAUGGCAGGGUCUGCCCUUGCAAGAGAGAAAAAAACGACCAAAGGGAGCCAGGUAUUUGUAGCACGAGAUCUGCUAAUCCGGUGAAAUUAUGCAGAGAACCAAGAACACCUCAGGGAAGAUGGUUUUUUUACUCUUGCCCUGCUUCUUUUAUCAGUGAUGCUAGAGAGGGGAGAAGGAAGGAGAGGGAACUUGUUUUCCUCCCCCUAAAGGAAAACAGGAUCAGUGCUGACAACUAGGCUGGUUUAAGGAACUGUCCUCCCCCUCUCUCAAGAUAAACAGAGAAGGAAGGGGUGAAUGGGUCGUCAUCAGAAGACCAGGUGGCUUGAUUUGACCUAAGAGUCAGGAAUGAAAAAAAAUGAUCAAAGUAAAUGCAGGGAAAAAGAGAGAGAGAGAUCUAUGUGGAUCUCUCCUCAUUCCCCUAGACAUUUUCCACAUGGCCCCAUUUUCCCUUCCUCUCUCUCUCUCUCUCUCUCUCUCUUUCUCUUUAUCUCUUGCUUGGGCUAAUUUCAUUAUGCUGCAUCAGAGAAACUUUUCCUGUGGUCUCUGGCUACAUGGCACGUGUAAAAUGUGAAUGUGUAUCUUCUCCCAACUUUUUCUUUGUACAUACAGUAAUUGUAUUGAGAUGCACCUUCACCCCUCUGUAGCCAUGUAUCUUUCCUCGAUAUUGGUAGUUUCUAUGAAGCAUCAAGUAUAUUUUUCUAAACACAACAUGCACUACUGACACUGUCAGAGAGAGAGAGAGCACGCUCCAAUUUUUUUUUCUGAAUUGAGUGUUCGUUGUUGCCUCACCACUUUAUUUUCUCCCUUCUUUUCUGACCUUGACAUGACCUUGAAGGCCUGACUGGAAUUGAUCUGUGGCUCUUCUUCCAUUAUGAGUAGCCUUCUUUCCCUCAUCUCUGUUGGUGGUGGUGGAUCAUGCCUAUUGAAAAAAGGUUGAUGGUGUUGGCUGAAGAUGACAAUUGAAAUGUAGGGAAAUCUGUGAUUGUUCCUGCUUGUUUUUUUUUGUUUCCUGCGGUUUUUUUUGCCGACUUCCCGGUCGGAGUUUCUGUUCAUAUCGGGUGGAGUUCUCGGCCUGGAAAACGUUCAUUUGAGUGUGUGUUUGGUUUCUUGCUUUGUAACGAUCGGUUUUGAACGAAAAAAAAAAGAUAAAAAAGGGAGAAAAAGAUUGUCAUGGUCUUGGUUCUUUCUUGAUUGCCUUGUGUAUACUUUUGGGGGGUGUUCCUGCGUCUCUGAUUUGUACACAGGCCAGGGGUUGAAAAAAGUUAUCAGUUAGUUUCCCACUUGUCUUGAGUCUUUUUUUUUUAUUGAUUGCCCAAAAGAGGAAAAGAAAACGAAAAAAGUAAUAAAAAUAUAAAAAAGUUUUUUUGAAAAUGGAUUCAUGAGUGUUCAGUUAUUCCUCAUACGGGAGGAUCUGGAUGCAACUGUAUAUAGUAAUGCCAAAAAUGUUCAUUGCAUCUUGUUUAGAGUGUCUCAUAAAUGUAAUCCACCAGCCAAAGUAAGG